CUGCUGAACAUCCCCAUAUGAGUAAAUGUAGCUAACCCAUGCAGAAUUGUUUCAAUAAGACCAAUACUCCUGCGCUGCAUCUACAGUAUUUGACGUCAGCCACACCAGUUUCUACCUCUCUGCUAGAAAAGACGCCGGACACAUUUGAUCACUUUUAGAAAAUAGGGGUGCCAUAGUCAGCUGUUCCAGAAUCCUUUGUCAAAACUUAAAGCUUUGAGGAAAGCUUUUAACAUAAAAGAAACAACAACUGAAACAUUUUGUAUACUUUGUUUUGGUUUCAUCACAUGAUGGGAAAUCCGAAAUGUUUCUCUGGCUAUGUUCUUCUGCUGAUCGAAACUAUCAACAGCUUCUGCCUUCUACGUUGUGUAGAAUUAGAUACCUAAAAUUGGUUAUUUUGUGGGCUUGAGAUGUUUGUGAACUUUUCUUUGCCAUUAAUUAGUGUUACAUGUAUUUAGUUACCAUUCCUCUUAUGGUGUCAUAAUUUCAAACUGUGUCACUGAUACUGAUUCAAGAUGACAGUUACUUACUCGCUGAACGUGUCCAAAGCUCGACUUUUGGGUUUUGCUAAACUUUUGUUGAGAUGGAGAGGAAGUAUUUACAAGCUGUUGUACAGAGAGAUGGCUAUCUUCUGUGGUCUCUACUACAGUCUUACUGCACUGUACCGCUACAUUUUAUCAGAAAACCAGAGAAUUGUUUUUGAGAAGUUGGCUAUCUACUGCGAAGCCUUUACCAACCUAAUUCCACUAUCUUUCGUGCUGGGUUUCUACGUGUCUAUAGUUGUGUCACGUUGGUGGCAGCAGUUUAUGUCUCUUCCAUGGCCAGACAAGCCUUGUAUGCUUAUAUCAGCGUAUGUUCAUGGGAGAGACGAAAGAGGGCGAAUAAUUCGUCGUACACUCGCUCGUUAUUUAAGUUUGCUGUCUGUACUCUCAUUUCAAGCUGUAAGCACUGCUGUGAAGAAAAGAUUUCCUACUUUGGACCAUUUAGAAGAAGCAGGCUUGAUGACAAAAGAAGAACGUACUGUGUAUGAAGAAAUUCCAAUGAUACAUGGAAAAUGGUGGGUUCCUGCUCAGUGGUUCACAGCCCUCACAAUGCGAGCUAGAAAAGAGGGUCGAAUAAAAGAUGACAUUCUUCUGAGCAACCUGUUGAAUGUAAGCUUUAUAUCUAUGAUAACCUUAAAAACAUCCUUAAACUUAAAAAAAUAUAUACUUGUUUAG